ACGUGAUAGCUUGUGACGUCACCUAAACAGUAGGUUCCUUUUGUUUUCAUUCGUCGUCAGUUCUUCGGAGGGCCUGGAAUUUUAGGCUGUUUUCCCUUGAAUUUAUGAAGUUUUUCAGCUGAAAGCCGAUCAAAAUGUCGUCGCCGAGUCCUGGCAAGAGGCGGAUGGACACCGACGUUAUCAAACUCAUUGAGAGCAAGCAUGAGGUGACCAUUCUAGGGGGACUUAACGAAUUUGUAGUAAAAUUCUAUGGACCACAAGGAACGCCGUACGAAGGCGGAGUGUGGAAAGUUCGAGUAGACCUUCCAGAGAAGUACCCGUUCAAGUCACCAUCAAUAGGAUUCAUGAACAAGAUAUUCCACCCAAACAUCGAUGAGGCGUCGGGUACAGUGUGUCUAGAUGUCAUCAACCAGGCAUGGACAGCGUUGUAUGACCUCUCCAAUAUCUUUGAGUCGUUCCUACCACAGUUACUGACGUACCCCAACCCUAUCGACCCCCUGAACGGGGACGCAGCAGCCAUGUACCUGCACAAACCUGAGGAGUACAAGAAGAAAGUUAAAGACUAUGUGAAGAAGUACGGAACAGAAGAAGCGCUAAGAGAGCAGGAGGGCGGGGAUUCCAGCAGCGAGUCAGAAAGCUCCAUGAGUGACUUUUCAGAGGACGAAGCACAGGACAUGGAGCUUUGACAGUCAACAGAUGUAAUAUAGAGUUAGAGAUAUGAGGCCUUGCAGCAUGGCACUCCACUCAGGAGCCUGGCGGUGGCGGCGUCCUGUCCGUCAUAACCAGCGUGCAGAAACGAUACUGGUUCUGGUGAAACCAGUAGUGUGUAACGCUUCACCAAAAGCAUGCAUGACUGUGUGGGGUUCAUGUGGUUGUGUCAGCGUGUCGGUGUGUGUUCGUAGAGGGACUCUAGUAGUGUACGUGUUUGAACCCGCACUGUUGUUGCAGAGAGGUGGUGUACAGUGAAAGCAAAAAUUCUUGCAAACUCUAUUAUUAGCCCAAUGCAUUGCUACAUGCAUUGGAUUGAUUUUUACAAUCAAACUUGCCAAGUAUCAAUCAUUGUAGACUUUUGGCUGUGUUGACAAUCGUGAGAGAAGAAGAGAGAGGAAGUCGCUGGUAAUGAACUGAGAUGUCCCGCUGCCAGGUUGCUUGGUCGUGUGCCAUGCUGUUUGGCCCAAGAAUGAUUUUUAAUAUUAUUCACUAUAUUGUAUGUCCUCACGGGUUCCUUGUACAUAUUUGUAUGUAGAAAGAUUUGGUGUUUCAUGUAGCCCCCCACCCCAUCUAUCUACACGUAGUACCGACAAAUUGUUGACGAGGGAAACAAAGAGCAAUCAGUGAUUCUUCUGUUCUGCCAAUCCUGUAAAGUAUCCUUUUGUUUUCAGCAAGUUUUGAAAUAAAUGUCUUAAUUAUGCUAUCCUGACAAUGCGUUGUUGCUACACUAAGAGAUAGUGCAGUAGGUGCAGAGAUGCCUGCAGGUGUAGGAGAUAAAUAGUUGGGAGAGGCUGACUCAGAGGGCAUUUUGCUGGGAAUCCCAUGCUGUCAAAUUAUCUGCUAUGUUUGCAGUAAAUUUUACAUAAUGCUUUCAGUUGAUUCUUUGAUUUGGUGAAGCCUAAUUUAGUGAUCAAAAUUUCUCUCAUUAUCAAAUAAAGUACAAUAUUAGGUACUCGUAUACAUUCAAACAAACACUGAUGUUUCAUACCAAGAGAGGGAUGUGUGACUACUAUCCCACAGUUAAGUUCCAAACCUGCUACCAAUAUUGUUUGAUCUUUAGCAUCUGCCAUAUUGUGCCAAUAUCAAGGCAUCUCCAGCCUGAGUCUCCUACACUGUAUAAGAAAUUUCAAAGUUUGACAAACAGUUUUAUCAGCCAACACAAAUUAUGUCCAAGAAGUUUUUUUUUAGUGGGCAGGUUUAUAUGAAUAGAAAUGAAAGAUCCAUCAUUUGUGUAUUGGACACGCAACCACUGAUAUACUCAUAUAGAUCAACUCUCAACCCUGCUUAGUCUUUUUGUUCACAUUUGAAGAUUUGUAAAUUUUUGUUCAGUGUUGGUUCAUCAAGGAAAUAUUUAUUCAGGUUGUCUUAACUUAUCUGACAGAACUCAAAAAGAGACAAGCAUUGGAAAA